CAAAGUGCUUGUUGGCUGUGUGUAAGCAGGGCAUCUUUUCCUGUCAAACGCUUCAGUGCAUUAGUUGAUGUUUUACAGGAUCCAGAGGGUCAUUUCUAAACCAUUAUUUCAGUCUCUGGGGCAACUUUUUUUCUUACGCAAUUCCCGAAAACUGACCUCCAAAAUGGCUUUUCAGUAUCCACAGGCUUACCGUGACGAUGCAGUUGUGGAUAGCUAUCAUGGCUCCAAAGUACCAGACCCAUACAGCUGGCUGGAGGACCCGGACAGUGAAAAGACACAGGCUUUUGUCAGCUCUCAGAACCAGCUGACAUUGCCGUUUUUAGAGCGCUGUGAGGUGCGAGACCUGUUCAAGGAGCGCAUGACUGAGCUGUAUGACUACCCCAAGUAUAGCUGUCCCUUCAAGAGGGGGAAUAGGUACUUUCACUUCUACAACACAGGCCUCCAAAACCAGAGUGUGAUGUACGUGCAGGAGAGCCUGGAUGCUGAGCCCACAGUCUUCUUGGAUCCAAACACAUUUUCUGAUGAUGGGACUGUUGCCCUGCGAGGCUAUGCAUUCUCUGAGGACGGUGAGUAUCUGGCAUAUGGCACCAGCGCCAGUGGAUCGGACUGGGUGGAGAUCCACUUCCUGCAGGUUGAAGGCGCCAAGCCUCUGGAGGACCACCUGGAGCGAGUCAAGUUCAGCUGCAUGUCCUGGACUCAUGAUGGGAAGGGACUUUUCUACAACUCCUACCCUGAGCAGGAGGGCAAGAGUGACGGCACUGAGACCUCCACCAACCUCCACCAGAAGUUAUACUUCCAUGUUUUGGGGACUCCGCAGUCUGAGGACGUGCUGUGCGCCGAAUUUCCUGACCACCCCAAAUGGAUGGGUGGAGCAGAGGUAUCAGACGAUGGACGCUACGUGCUGCUGUCUAUAAGGGAAGGUUGUGAUCCGGUCAACCGACUGUGGUAUUGUGACCUUAAGACCACUCCUCAGGGUAUUACAGGACUUUUGCCAUGGGUGAAGCUGAUCGACAACUUUGAUGCCGAGUAUGAGUACGUGACCAACGAGGGCACGCUGUUCACAUUCAAGACCAACCUGGAUGCCCCGCGUUACCGCCUCAUCAACAUCGACUUUGCCUCUCCAGCUCAGAGCAACUGGAAAGAGCUCAUCCCUCAACAUGACAAGGAUGUUAUUGUGUUUGCCACCUGUACAUACUCCAGCUACCUGUUUGUGUGUUUCCUCCACGACGUGAAGAAUGUGUUGAAAAUGUACCGUCUGAGCUCGGGGGAGGAGCUGAGGACGUUCCCUCUUGACGUGGGCUCCGUGGUGGGUUUCACAGGACGGAAGAGGGACUCCGAGAUCUUCUACUAUUUCACCUCCUUCCUCUCCCCAGCCAUCAUUUACCACUGCGACCUGACUAAGGAGCCGCUGCAGCCCCACAUCUUCAGAGAGGUCACUGUCAAAGGCUUCAGCCCCUCGGACUACCAGACCACCCAGAUCUUUUAUCCCUCCAAGGAUGGCACUCAAAUCCCCAUGUUUAUCGUUCACAAGAAAGGCAUCAAAUUGGAUGGCUCCCAUCCAGGUUUUCUAUACGGCUAUGGUGGUUUCAACAUCUCCAUCACGCCAAGCUACAGCGUCUCCCGACUCAUCUUUGUCAGACAUCUGGGGGGAGUAUUGGCUGUUGCCAACAUUCGGGGAGGAGGAGAGUACGGGGAGACCUGGCACAAAGCUGGCAUGCUGGCCAACAAGCAGAACUGCUUCACAGACUUCCAGUGUGCAGCUGAAUAUCUCGUCAAGGAGGGAUACACUUCUCCUUCCAAGCUGACUAUAAAUGGAGGCUCUAACGGUGGCCUGCUUGUAGCGGCCUGCGUGAACCAGCGGCCCGAGCUGUUCGGCUGUGCUGUCGCUCAGGUAGGCGUCAUGGACAUGCUGAAAUUCCACAAGUUCACCAUCGGCCACGCCUGGACCACAGACUUUGGCUGUUCUGAAGACAAAGAGCAGUUUGAUUGGCUCAUCAAAUACUCCCCGCUCCAUAACAUCUGCAUCCCAGAAGGCAACGGGGUCCAGUACCCUGCAGUGCUACUGCUCACAGGGGACCACGAUGACCGGGUGGUGCCUCUCCACUCCCUCAAAUACAUCGCCACCCUGCAGCACAUUGUAGGCCGCAGCCCCAAGCAGACAAACCCUCUGUUCAUCCUUGUGGACACAAAGUCAGGCCACGGCGCCGGCAAGCCCACCAGCAAGGUCAUCCAGGAGGUGGCCGACACCUACGCCUUCAUCGCUCGCUGUCUCAACAUCUCCUGGGUCAAAUAACCUGCGCCUCCCAUUAAAGUGUGUGUGUGUGUGUGUUUUCUUUUAUUUUGUUCCUUUUCUCACACCAUCUUCUGAAUACUGUUCAUAUCAUCAGCUGUUCACACUUUCUUUAUAACUUCACGCCAACACCGUGCCGGAUCUUUCAACUCAUGUUUACCCAGCCACCAUCACUGCAUCUUUUAUUUUUGUCUUUGUGGUUAUCUAUUUUUGUCUCUCUCCGUGUGAGCCUGUUACAGACUCCAUCAGGAUCUGCCCCAUCUGCAGCACUCACAGCUAACGUACCCUCUCCUGUACUGUAGGCCAAGUUUGUAGUCCUAAUGAAACAAAGAAUGACUACAUUGUCAGUGAUGGGUGUGUAAAGGGAGGGGGUACUUUCACGGUUACAGUAAUCAGCCAAUCAGCAGUUACUGUCAUGAGGUCGAAGUGGCAAAGGUUUAUUUGAACAUUGUUUCUGUGUCCUUUGGGUGCUUAAACAUGAUGCAUAUUAUUUAUUUUACGUUAGUGCACAGAAUGUAGGCUGUGGGACAUUGGAUGGCGCCCAGCAUGAACAAGUAUAGUGCAAAUGACACCGCAAGUUGACAGUAUUGCUGUGGAUGUGAGUGCGGAAACUCAUAAAAACAAACUGUGUGUGUGUGUGUGUGUUUGUGUGUCCCCACAUUUAUUUCAGACUGAUAAUUAUUUCUACCUCUUGACAUGUGCUGAUUGUUUGCCUUUUAAAGGGAACAAAACACAAUGCCACAACUACAAUAAACAACUUUUUAAACAGUGA